AUGUCCCAUUCCCUGCUUCCCCCCAUCCCCUUGCCUGCUUCCCCCCCUCCCCUUCCCUGCUUCCCCCAAUCCCCUUCCCUGCUUCCCCCAAUCCCCUUCCCUGCUUCCCCUCCUCCCCUUCCCUGCUCCCCCCCAUCACCUUCCCUGCUCACCCCCCUCCCCUUCCCUGCUUCCCCCCAUCCCCUUCCCUGCUUCCCCCAAUCCCCUUCCCUGCUUCCCCCCACCGCCUUCUCUGCUUCCCCCCCUCCCCUUCCCUGCUUUCCCAUGUCCCAAUCCCUGCUCCCCCCCAUCCCCUUCCCUGCUCACCCCUAUCCCCUUCCCUGCUUCCCCCCAUCCCCUUCCCUGCUCCCCCUCCAUCCCCUUCCAUGCUUUCCCCCAUCCCCACAUAUGCUUCCCCCCAUCCCCUUCCCUGCUUCCCCCCAUCCCAUUCCCUGCUUUCCCCCAUCCUGUUCUCCUCUUCCCCCCAUCCCCACCCUUGCUUUACCCCAUACCCUAUGCACUAUCUCCAGAUCUACGACUGGAUCAGCCACGCCGCGGUGCAUGAGCAGUAUCACGAACCUCUUUCGCUGUCUCCCCUCAUCCCCUUCCCUACUCCCCCCUCAUCCCCUUCCCUACUUCCCCCCCAUCCCCUUCCCUCCCCCCAUCCCCUUCCCUACUUCCCCCCCAUCCCCUUCCCUACUUCCCCCCCAUCCCCUUCCUCUACGAAUGGAUCAGCCACGCCGCGGUGCAGGAGCAUUAUCAGCCUCCUCUCAAGACUGCCUUCAGCAACAAACCUUGCCCCACACCCUCUGCUGA